CGUAUGAGUUGUUUUCGUACGUUCAAUAGCUGUGACGUUUUUUUUAAGCUUUUUGUAGGCUACAAAUCAUAGAAAAGAUGUCAAAAUCUGGUGUAUCCUUGUUUUCGUAGCUUCUGUUCAUACAGCUCCUGCAAAUGGAGCAAACCAUUGUUACUUUUGUAUCGACUGCGGUGCAGAUCCGUUCAACACUAAAACUGCUGAAAAUCAAACAUGCGAGACACACGGCCUGGAUGCGGAAUUUGUUUGUCUUAAAGUUGAAGCAACCGAUAAGAUCAGAUAAAAAGAGGCUGCAUCCCGAAGAUAUUUGAAGGCAUAGAUGCAUGCGAUUUUCAAAAAGAAAUGGCUAAAAUGGACAAUUCAACCAUUAAAGCCUGUUACACAUGUAAUACGGAUUGUUGCAACUCCAGCAAGGCUUUCAUGUCAUCUCUGGCCCUAAUGGUGGCAACAUUUUACUUCAUUAUGUAUACUUAAGUAAUAUACUCAUUAUGAGUAGCUUGUUUCUGUUUCCUACCACUAAACGUAGCUACGUCGCUACCGCACAUAUUAUUUGCUGCUCUACUGUACAGUGUUUUACUUUUUGAACGGAUCAAGUUAGCAAGCUGAAAUUGACGAAAAUGGUAGGCCUGACAAUCGAUGGCGCUCCAGCUAUGGUUUUCCGCAAUGUAUCUACUCUAAACUAAAGAACGUUAUGAAAUUGGUACUAAAAAGUGUGAACAAGAUAAGAGCUCAAGCGUAUUCAAAACCUUGGCCGAUGAAAUUGACUGUCAAUAUGGGGAGCUACUUAUUCACUCUGAAGUUCGAUGGUUAAGUAGGGGACCAACGUUUUAAUGGUAUCAUAUCUGCCAUAGUUCAAUUUUUCAAACAACGUGAUGAAUCGAUUCCGGAACUGGAAAAUUCAAUCCGGCUUAGAGAUUUUCCUAUUCUUUCAGAAAAGGUAUCUGAAAGUCCAUUAGAACCAUAUGGCAAAAAAUAUCAUGUAGAAAUAGUCUCUAACUUGAAGGAUAACUUCAAAAAUAGUUUCGAGGAUUACAACCUUCAUGGAAAUUGAUAUCCAAUAGUUUACCCAGAAUUUUAGACAUCGCGUUUCAAAAUGAUCUAGCUUUAAAAUCAUUAGUCUCAAAUACAAAAUGUAUCUGGCCUUCAGUGUUCAGUAAGUAAAGGUGCCAUGGUGUCUUAUAACUGAAAACGUUAUUUAGUUCAACCUAUUGGUGUCAAUCUUCUUUUUCAAAUAUGAAGCUUAUUAAAAACGAAUACCGCAAUCGACUUGCAGAUGAACAUUUAGAUAAUUUUAUUCGAAUGAUGGUAUUAAAUUAUACUCCAAACAUUAAAGAAAAUUGUCAGUGAGUCUGAGUGUCAGGCUUCUCAUUGAACACGCAUUUUUUCUUUGGACAUGUUUUUAUUUAAGAUAGUGCGUUGAUUUUUCAUUUUUAGUUACCGUCAUUAAAUCCUAUGUGUCAUACCAUUGUAGCUGUAAUUUUGUUUAUUUUUCAAAUACCUAUGGUUGGC